GUAGACUUUUACUGUGAAACAACCACAGGAAGUGUGGUAGCGAGGUUAGCUAACGAACACUUGACUCAAAAACUGUUUCUUCUGAGUGGAAAUAUAGUCCAAGUACUUCCAACACAGUGACACUGAAUAUCUGCAAGUAGUUCUUAUUUAGUUAUUGUAUUCAAACAGCUGCAGCUCGGGUCUUUAAGGAAACAUGUUUCUGAAAUUAACGUGAAUGUUUUUAAUGAGAAACACAAGAUCAUUGAGGUUCCUCAGAGACGACCGGACAGCCAAUCACAGGAGAGAACACUAGAUCUCCAUGGCGACGCGGAUCGUUUGGGGAAGGGCAGCCUCGGUGUCAGACUUCCUGUUUGUUGUUUCCAGCUGAAGAUAAAAACAGUAACGUGUCGUGAUGGCGGGGACGUCGAGACACGAUCGAGAGAUGGCGAUGAACGCCAAGCGUCGGCUGUCGGAGUGUUCGGACCCGGUGGAGAGACUCAGACUGCAGUGUCUGGCCAGAGGAUCGUCAGGUAUCAAAGGUCUGGGCAGAACCUUCAAAAUAAUGGAUGAUGACAACAACCGCUCGCUGGACCUGAAGGAGUUUCUGAAGGGCUUGAACGACUACGGGAUCCUGAUUGAGAAACAAGAGGCCACGGCUCUGUUUCAGCACUUCGACCGCGACGGGAGCGGGACCAUCGACUUCGACGAGUUUCUCAUCACCCUGAGGCCGCAGAUGUCUAAGGCCAGGAAGGAGGUGGUCAUGGAGGCGUUUCGGAAGCUGGAUAAGACAGGUGACGGGGUGAUCACCAUCGAAGACCUGCAGGGGGUUUAUAACGCCAAGUACCACCCCAAGUAUCAGAACGGGGAGUGGACAGAGGAUCAAGUCUUCAGGAAAUUCUUAGACAACUUUGACUCUCCGUAUGACAAAGAUGGAAAGGUGACCAAAGAGGAGUUUGUCAACUAUUACUCUGGAGUCAGCGCCUCCAUUGACAGUGAUGUCUACUUUAUUCUGAUGAUGAAAAACGCCUGGAAGCUCUAAAUCUAAUCAAAGGACACGAACUCCAAACUAUCAUUAACUGUGUUGAAAGAACACCACAUGGCCUUUCAACACUCAGGGUGCAUUUAUACUGAAUUAUCAUUAUGUUAUGUUAGGUUUAUAAGAUGUAGCUUUUUGCUACCAGCAGUAAUUCAUUCUGGGCUUUUACAAGUUAGAAAAUAGUUUCUCUAAAUGAAUGUAGUGUCAUAGUUUAGAGAGUGACUUUGAUAAUUUUGCAUUCUGCAGUCUGUUAUUAAAAGUUUAAAAUUAAACCUAAUAUAUACAUAAACAUGUUGUAAUGUAGGUGAACACAAGGCAACAGUAUGUUUUCAUAACAAUUCUUUCUAUUUUAUUGUACAUUGAUAUGCAACACCAUAGGCUUUGUUUAAAUAAAAAAAACAUUCGUUAGACA